AUGGUGUGCUGGUUAUCACUCCUAGCUAUAGCAGCUGUGGUUGCUGUUGUGGUGUGGCUCAUUGCCCUGGCCAGGUCAGAUGGAGAUUUAAAGCUCAUGUUUUAUGCCAAGUUUGGCAAGCAACCAGACAACCUGGCAGGGAAGGUUGUGUGGAUCACUGGGGCUUCAAGUGGGAUUGGGGAAUACAUCGCUUACUGUUUGGCCGAGGCUGGGGCCAGGCUGGUUCUGUCUGCUCGCAGAACUGAGGAGCUGGAGAAGGUGAAACAGAAAUGUUUGCAGCAAGGGGGGGGGGGGGGACUGUGUGGGUCUACCACUGAUUGUGUGGACUUUGAAUCACACAAACCGGCUGUGCAGAAAGUUCUUGAGUUCUGUAAGAUAUUGUUGUCAAUUGACAUUCUCAUCAACAAUGCUGGCAGAGGUCAGAGGUCACCAUGGAUGGAGGUGGAGCUGGAUGUGGAUCGGCAGUUGUUUGAGGUGAAUGUUCUGGGUCCUGUGUCUCUGACACAGCAGGUGUUGCCUCACAUGUUGCAGAGGAAGCAGGGACAGAUUGUAGUUGUGAGCAGUUUGGCUGGAAAGAUUAGUUCCCCAUACCUGAGAUCAUAUACGGCUUCUAAACAUGCAGUCAAUGGUUAUUUUGAAAGUCUGCGCACAGAGAUGGGUGAGCACAACAUUGAUGUGACAAUCUUGUGCCCAGGGCCUGUGGCGUCAAACAUUUCUUAUGUUGCCGUCACUGGAAAAUUGGGAGAGGUCAGUAGUAGUCCAAUAACUCCUGGAAAGUUGAUGCCUACAGACCGCUGCGCCUACCUCAGUGCUGUGGCUAUCGCUAACAAACUCUACGAGGCUUGGAUUUCUGAAAAUCCAUCGCUGGUCUUCAUGUACCUGUUUCAGUACUUCCCUGAUUUUGCACGCUGUUUCAUGGUAAGAGUUUUAGGUUUGUUGCUACUGGGGGUCAAGGCCAUUGCAACAAUCUUCGAUUGGGAGGGAGUUUGA